AUGCCUCAAGCUUGGAAGGUUAGGGAGGAGGGCUCGCCUUGUCUCGAAUGUCCUAAACAGACGACUCCGAGAAGCCUGAAGACGCAAGAAGCCUACUCUACUCUCGAUUGGUACUGUUCACAGCUGGACGGGAGGAUAAGUUUCGGGAACCCACAAGUGGGCUUUCACCUCACUUGCCACACGACGGAGCAGACAAACCUGAGCGGUCUGGGCUACUUCGUUUUUCUGCAAAGCCUGAACUUGAAAUGGUACUGA